CCGCAGCGAGCGAAAGGCGAAAACAAACAUGCAGAUGUUUGGCGGGUGAUUUUACUGCUCAAUUCUACAACAAUAAAACCUACAUUUCCAUGAAAACCAACUGCGUGUAAUAUUUACAGAUUAUCUAAUAAAUGCUUUGCACAAUGAAAUGAAGUUAUAAAUAAAGAGGGAUUUCAUCGCAUUUUUCUCUAUAAUGGCAGGAAGGGGCAGAGGGCAGCUCACUUUCUCCGUGGAGAUCGUUGGAAUCGGUAAAGGAGAAAAUCUCCCUCCAUCCUCCGUCCAGCCGACCCCUCUAUUCCCUCCUUUGGAUCAGAAGCCGGUGCCCCUGCAGACGGGUGAGGAGGCUGAGUACAUGCUGGCUCUCAAACAAGAGUUCAGAGGAGCCAUGAAGACGCUCCCCUUUUACAUCCGUCCAGCUGCGCCCAAGAAAGAUGUGGAGCGUUACUCUGACAAAUACCAGAAAAUUGAAACCUCUGACCACAGUUUGGAAUGGAAGCCAGAUUGGAGGCGUUUUCCGAAGGAGCUGCGCGUGAGAGAGAAGAGACCCCUGAGAGACAAAAGCCCAGCUGUUCCCAAACAACCCAAACAGCCACGCGUGGACAAAGAGGAGAUCAUACGCAAACUGGAGACUCUGGAGCAGAAAGAGGAAGACGGGAGUUCUGAUGAAGAGGAGGGAGAGAAAAAGAAGCCACAAGAGGAAGAGGCUGAAGGAGAGGAAGAGUAUGAUGAAGAGGAAUUUGAGGAUGAAACAGAUUACAUCAUGUCCUACUUUGACAAUGGGGAGGAGUUUGGAGGAGACAGUGAUGAGAACGUGGAUGAAGCUAUUUACUGAAGCAGGUGACCGAGGCUCCAUAGAACUGCUC